AUGACGUUGCUGGCCUCAGAGAGGUCGCUUCUCAUCCGGAACAAGUUCCGCUCAGUCCUGCAGCUGAGGAUUCAGAACCGACGGCAGAAUGAAAUCAAUGCAGACUCUGGGUUGAAAUCUACCUGUCCCUCUCAAAAAGGAGAGAAAGACCAGGGUGAAGCUCUGCGUCUUACUGACGAUGGUGCCACUCAGAAGUUGCCCCCUAGUGGUCUGAGCACUGAAACUGCACAAGACAGGAGUGUGUGUGGGGCCCAGAGGCAUAAGAGGGUUCGCCAGGCAGAGGACCUCAAUGAGAGCAUCCAACGCCAGCCCGGAUCCGUGGAGCAACAGCACAAACACACACUGCCCUUGGAGAACCGUCCUGCAGCUUUCCCUCUCGCCACUGAUGUCUUCGAAGAUGACAUCUCCUCCUGCUCCUCCUCGUCUACUGAGCAACGCGGCGUGCAGCAGUCACCAGCAGUUUCUUCAUUGCCAGGGCUCUCAGGUGACCAAUUACUGAGUGACUUUUCACCUGUGGGCCCGCCCCUUAACCACAGCCCCAGUCAUGCUCAGUCUGGCUUGGCAUUGCUCCCGGCAACUGAGGGCAUCAGCCAACCUAUGAGCAUAACACUUGGCGAAUCAACCUCCAUGGCAACAACUGGGAGACCAAAUGGGAUGUAUCUGACCUCUCAGACCACACCCCUGCUGCCAAAGACAGCUCAGCCUUCCAGCCCCUCCUGUUCCUCCUCCCUGCCCAGCUCCCUCAACUUCAGUCGUCUCCCCCGUCCUCGGAAACCGCGGGACACCAAACCAAAGAUGAGGAAACUCAAAUAUCACCAGUACAUUCCUCCAGACCAGAGAGGAGGGUCUGGAACUGGGGGGGGAGGAGCCAAACAGAAGAGCCCUGCCCCUGCCCAGCCCAUAGACCCAGCCUAUUCCCGUCUCCUGAAGCAGCAACAGGUCUUCCUCCAGCUGCAAAUCCUGCAAAACCAGCAGCAACAGCAACAGCAGCAUCAGCUACAGCAACAGCAGCAGCCACAACAACAACAACAACCACAACAACAACAACAACAGCCACAACAACAACUACAACAGCUCACUGUGGCACCCAGUGGAGAUCACACCAACACUGUGAAGUCCUCAGGAGCCAUGCCCCAAAACCCCCAACCCGUUCCUGCCACAACAAACCACACCCCUGUGGACACAAGUCCGCUGAACAAGCCCGAGCUUCUCCCCCCUAACCUUGUUGAUCUAACGGUUUCAGAGUUGCGUCAGCAGCUUCGGAAGCGUGGCCUCCCUGUCUCCGGCACCAAGCCUGCUCUGUUGCAGCGUCUCCGGCCCUUCCAGCUGCCCCGCACCUGCCUCACCCCUGCCCCCAUCUGCCAGCUGGGUACCAGCCUGGAGCCCCUCACCACCUGCCCCCUACCGGCCCCUAACCAGAGCCCCAGCUCCAGCUCUUGCUCUGGACAGGACUCACCCAGCAGCAGCCCAAACCAACAGAUGUACACAAAGGAAAGGGGAAUUCCUAAUGGGAUUCUCAGCGGCCCCCCUAAUGGUGUUCCAAAUGGGAUUCUGAAUGCUAUUCCAAAUGGUUUCCCGAAUGCUGCUUCGGUCAGUGUGGCAGGAGAACAGUGCAGUCUCACUGGUGCUGUCUUCCUGGCUCCUGCUAGUACUGCAUCGGGAGCCCCGAGCCCCAGUCUACCCCUGUCUUCCUCCUCCUCACCCCUGCAGUGUGGCACCCUGUGGAGAACUGAGCAGGAGCAGCAGCAGCAGCAGCAGCAGGAGCUGAGUGUGGAGCUGGAGAUGAGGGAGAGAAUAAGGAGCAGACCCAGGGACCGCACCGCUAACACUGGCAACGAGUCUAGUGUCGGAUCCCUCCAUCCAUUCCUGCAACAGGAUCCAGGAUGCCUCAGAGGGAAGCCAGAGACAGAUGGACAGGCAGAGGUGUUGUUUACUCAGGUGUUCUGCUCUCAGCCUAGCAAUACAAUUAGCGAGGACUUUGAGCUGCCGGUGCAGAUUACAGCGAGUCCCGUUCAAACCUCACCCAGUGUUCGCAGUUUGGAAGAAGAAUUACAGGAAGCUAUCCAGAAAGCACAGAUGGACCUUAGCCAGUCCAUAGAUGAUAUUCUGGAUGAGCCUAUCACAUGUGGCGGCUCUGCUGUUAUCUCUGACCUCAAAUCCCCUGUUCAUUUAUCCCCUGGCCCUUCACCUCCUCCCCAAGUUGAUCCGUCCCAGGCCUCCCAGCAUCACUCUAAGGAUGACAACUUCCUGUCCUCACCCCUAUGCUCCUCUCUCCUACUGGAGCUCCCACCAUCUCCAGCUUCAACAGCACCCAACCAAGUGGCCCCAGCCCCUCCUCCACCUCCCCUCUGCUCCUCCCCUCUGUCGUCCACUGGGAGCUCGCGUAAACGGCGGGCUCAGGCAAUGUUUGACGCUGCCGACUGGCUUGAAUCGCUGACGUCUGGCCUCCGUCCACUGAGCCCACCCACAGCUCCAUUUGUAGAGACAGACUUCAGUCUGGAUUCAGACCUGAAUGUCAAUCGAGUGUUGGAUCUUAUGAUAGAGCAGUGGUGA